UCUUACGUCAUACGCAACUGCUGGUACACGAACGGAUAUUGGCGAGAAACACACAGUGCGAUGGUGUAUGGCGUAAGACGAUGAAAUUUCAGCGAAAAACACUGAUAGUACACUGAUUCUGAGGGAAGCCACACCAAUCAACAUACUAUCGUUACAAUAUUGAUAGAUUCACAACAUCCACGUGCGUCAAAAUGCAACAGUUGUACGCAACCGGUCGAAUAGUACCAGUUUUAUUAUCCCGUACUGCAAACCGAGCGGUACCAUGUGCGCUGCGUACCUACUCGGCCCGAAGGCCCGGCUUCUUCACGCAGGUCAUCGAUAAUAUUAAGCAGGAGAUGGAAAAGAACAAGGAGAUGAAGGAAAAUUUGAAAAAGUUCCGCGAGGAAGCGCAAAAGCUCGAACAGUCGGAUGCGCUGAAAGCUGCCCGGCAAAAGUUUAACACGGUCGAAUCGGAAGCUUCCAAGGGUGGUGAGGCGUUGAAGGACAAUCUGGACAAAAUACGCGACCGCAUGACGGAAGCGUUGGACGAGGCGGCCAAAACGGAUUUGGCCCGUAAAGCGGGUCAGCUGGGCGAGGAGCUAAGCAAAACGGCCCGGGGUGUUGGUGAAACGCUGGCGGAGAAGGGCCAAGUGUUGGGCCAGUCGGGUGCGUUUCGAGGGAUCAGUGAAACGGCGAAGGUAGUACGGCAGGAAAUGGACAACCAAAGCAUCGAAGCGCGCGUAUACCGCAGUCCGGAAAAGUUGCGAAAGCGUGUGGAAGUAUCGCUGGCGACCGAUCCGUCUCGGGUGGUGGAACCGAAUGCGGAAGCAACCGGGGUGGAGCUGCACAAAGACAGCAAGUUCUAUCAGUCGUGGGAAGAUUUCAAGAACAACAAUCAGUACGUGAACAAGGUGCUCACGUGGAAGAUGAAGUACGACGAAUCGGAAAACCCAAUGAUCCGGGCGUCCCGGUUGCUGACGGACAAGGUUAGCGACAUCAUGGGGAAUCUGUUCUCGAAGACGGAACUGUCUGAAACGCUGACCGAGAUCUGCAAGAUUGAUCCGAACUUUGACCAAAAACAGUUCCUGCGGGACUGCGAGAACGACAUCAUCCCGAACGUGCUGGAAUCGAUUGUGCAGGGCGAUCUCGCGGUGCUGCGCGACUGGUGCUUUGAAAGCACGUACAACAUUAUAGCGACACCAAUUUCCAUGGCACAGAAAGCCGGCUAUCGGCUCGAUUCCAAGAUAUUAGACAUCGAAAACGUGGACCUGGCCAUGGGGAAGGUGAUGGAGCAGGGCCCGGUACUGAUUGUCACCUUCCAGACGCAGCAGAUCAUGUGCGUGCGGGACGGCAAGGGUGCGGUGAUCGAGGGUGACCCGGAAAAGGUAAUGCGAUGCCAUCAUGUGUGGGUGCUGUGCCGCGAUCCGAACGAGCUAGACCCGAAAGCGGCCUGGCGAUUAAUGGAGAUGUCGGCCAACAGCACGGAACAGUUCGUGUAAAAUCCCUUCUUUUUUUCCCUUGUGGGACACUACCUCCCCCCCAGUCAACAAGGUCGCUAGUGCGUGAAUGUGCGUGUAUGUAUGUGAAUGUAGAAUAAAGCGCGAACACAACACCCUUGAAAUAGCACAUGCGACAGACGUUCCUUUCUCAGCUGUGAUCGCAUCUUUUGUGUUCGCGUUCGGCAAAUGCCAUUUUAGAUGGUACCCCGGGUAUGCAUGAGUUUAUAUAAGAGUUUGUGCGAGUGUGUGAAAUUUGGCGACAGUUUUAGGUGUUUUAGAGGUGAAGAAGGUGUUACCGCGACCACGGUAAUUAUCGGAAGUUGACGCACGAAAGAACCGAACCGGCAAUGGAAGCGGCCCACCGUCAAACACCUGCACAGAAAGCUUAAAGUUAUAGAAAUAAGGGAACGGACACGAUCGAAAGCCAUUUCGAAGUCUGGGAAGUGUUUUGGGAGCGCGUUUUUCAAACGAUACGUUACAUUAGUGUUUUUAGGUAUCUCGUUCGAGCCUGAAACACCGAGCAAAGCGAAUGGUGGUUAGGCAAAAUAAAAUUGAAACGCGUAACGGAAGAAGAAAAAAA